ACUUCUUCUGGAACAGCGUUUGCACCAGUGAAUAAGGCAGCAUGCCGGGACUGAAGGACCAGGCAGCACUGUCAGUUCUGUGUCUGACCUUGCUGUUCCACUGGAUGCAGGUUUUUGGGGUGUCUGUAAAUGGACUGACAGACCCAGAUAAAGAAUCAAAGGCAACAUCUGGAGCAGGUCUUCUGCAAGUGGAGAUCAUCCCACCCUAUGCUGAGAUUGAAGUCGGACAGCACAAAAGAUUGUUGUGUAAAGUUAAUGGAAAUGCAGAGGAGAUUGACUGGUUUUCUCCUGGUGGUGAGAGGCUUCUAAGAAACCAUGAGAACCUAAAGGUGCACAAACAUGGCAAGUCUUUGUCUUCUCUCAUGGUUCUCAAUGCUAAUCUGAACAUCGCUGGAAUAUACACAUGUGUGGCCAGAAACAGAGAAAUUGAAUCAAAAGCUACAGCCAACCUGGAAAUCCUUUUGAAGAGAAUUCGCAGAGAAACUGGCAGGGAGGGACGAGGAAAAAGACAGAAGGAACCUAAAGCUCCGAAGGCCACCAAGAAACCCAAGGACAAGAAAACGACAAAGAAGCCCAAGGGAAAGAAGGGUGGGAAGAAGAAAGACAAGAAGAACAGAGGGGAAAUCACCACUACCACUGUAGCACCCACAACCACUUCACCCACUGAGUAUGAUGAGGAGUUUUAUGAUCCUGAACCAGACCAUUACUGGGAUGAAGCUUUUUCUGCAGAUACAUCAACGGCAAAACCCACAUACCCUCCAACACAGAAAUCAACAGAAUUCCCAAUAGAUUACCCAACUGAUUUUCCUCCUGACACGGAUGAGUAUGCCCAACCUUAUCCUGACUCAGAUGACUAUUGGAAAGUGGAGGAGCCCAAACCUACAACCCCUGUGAUUAGUGGCAGCCAUACUGAUGAUGAUUACUGGGAUGCCAGAUAUGAGGUGGCAGAAACCCUACCUUUACCUGAUACCAAAGAGAUUAGCACCACUGACCAUGACUGGCGUUACAGGACCACAGAGGAGCCCACAAUCUCUAUAUUUGAAAACAACUGGUAUGAAGAAUAUGAAUAUGGACAUGAAAAGAUACUGGAAGAGGAGAGGGAGAGAGAAAGAAAGGAACAAGAAGAGAGAGAAAGAGAACCGUGGAGGGGUGAGGAAGAGGAGGAGAGACAACGCAGGAUACACAAACCUCCACCACGCGUGUAUAAAGAGCCUAAAAUAUGUCCUCCUCUGGGGAUGGAGUCGCAUCACAUAGACAAUGACCAGCUGCUCACUUCCUCUAUUUCUCACCAUCGUUAUGGCCCACAUAGAGCUCGUCUGAAUAUUCAGGCAUCUGGUGAUGAAGAUGAUAUGAAUGGAGGGGCAUGGUGUGCUAACCCUGAAGAGAAGGUCCACUGGAUUGAACUAGACGCACGCACACUGACAGAGUUCACCGGUGUCAUCACCCAGGGUCGAGACGACCCCUUAGAGAGUGACUAUGUGUCUUCGUAUUAUGUGGCCUUUAGUAAUGACAGCAGAGAGUGGUCUGUCCUUCAUGAUGGAUAUGCAGAAUGGUUGUUCUUUGGUAACUCAGAUAAAAGCACCCCAGUGUUGACUCAGUUUAUGGAGCCUGUAGUGGGACGUUACAUCCGUAUAUUACCACAGAGCUGGAACGGCACUAUGUGUAUGAGAAUGGAGGUUUUCGGCUGCCCAGUACCAGAUCCUCAGAGCCAACACCAGAGUCAAAAUGAGGUGAUGCCCCGAGAUGACCUGGACUACACCCAUCACAGCUACCUUGACAUGGAGAAGCUCAUGAAAUCUGUUUCUGAUGAGUGUCCCAACAUCACCAGAUUCUACAGUCUGGGCAAGAGCUACAAAGGUCUGGAGAUUUACGCCAUGGAGAUUACUGAUAACCCUGGGAUCCAUGAAACAGGUGAGCCAGAAUUCCGAUACACAGCAGGUUACCAUGGCAACGAGGCUCUGGGAAGAGAGCUUCUGCUGAUGCUCAUGCAGUACUUGUGUAGAGAGUAUAAAGACAGCAACCCUCGAGUGCGCCACCUGGUGGAUGAGACACGAAUUCAUCUGGUGCCAUCGGUCAAUCCUGAUGGACAUAUGAGAGCUUUUGAAAAGGGUUCAGAGUUGGGGAGCUGGACAUUAGGGCACUGGACUGAAGAUGGCCAUGAUAUCUUUCAGAACUUUCCAGACCUAAAUAACAUUUUCUGGGAUGCACAGGACAAAGGCAUGGUGCCCAAACUGACUCCAAAUCACCACCUGCCCAUCCCUGAGGGCUAUCUGUCAGUCAAUGGCUCAGUUGCUGUGGAGACUCUUGCCCUCAUCUCCUGGAUGGAGAACCAUCCAUUUGUGCUUGGUGCCAACCUGCAGGGUGGUGAGAGACUGGUGACGUACCCCUUUGACAUGCACCGCCUCACCAAGGAGUCUGAGGAGAGAGAGAAAAAACUAAACUCCAGAGCAAACAGACGUAAACGGCAGUAUGAGGAAGAGGAGGAAGAAGAACCCAACCCUUACCUUCACAUUGGGUACCAUCAGGAGAGCUACGGCAGCCCCCAAGAUAACCAUGCGCACCAUCAAGAGAACUAUGGCUACCAUCAAGAAAGUUAUGGGUACCAUCAUGAGAACCAAAGGUAUCAUGAAGAGAACCAAGGGUAUCAUGAAGAGAACCAAGGGUACCAUCAUGAGAACCAAGGGUACCACCAUGAAGGUCACUCUGAAGGUUACCAUGAGGGCUAUCAAGAAGGAUACCCAGAGGGAUAUGGAGAGGGUGAACCAGAGGAGGAGAUCAGGGUGAUUGAGGACCAGUCUUUGUUCCGAUGGUUGGCCUUAUCUUACUCCUCCACUCACCGCACCAUGACUCAGACCUACCAGGGAGGUUGCCAUACUGAUGAUCCAACGGGUGGACAGGGAAUUGUCAACCGUGCCAAGUGGAAGCCCAUCCCAGGAAGUAUGAAUGACUUCAGCUAUUUUCACACCAACUGUUUUGAGCUGUCCAUUUUCCUAGGCUGUGAUAAGUUCCCACAUCAGAGUGAGCUCUUGAGAGAAUGGGAGAAUAACAGAGAGGCCAUGCUGACAUUCAUGGCUCAGGUACAUCGAGGAAUUAAGGGAGUUGUGAGGGAUAAAGAGGGCAACCCCAUUGUGAACGCCACUGUGUCUUUGGAGGGAGUCAAUCAUGAUGUCAGGACAGGUGAAUCUGGUGAUUACUGGCGAAUUCUAAACCCUGGAGAGUACCAUGUAACGGCCCGAGCGGAAGGCUAUUCUCCCUUCACCCGUCUGUGUGUGGUCGGGUUUGACCCAGGUGCCACCCUGUGCAACUUUGACCUCACCAAGUCGAACUGGGACCGCAUCAAACAGAUCAUGGCUCUCCAUGGCAACAGGCCCAUCCGGUUGCUGAGCAACGGCAAUAGGGGCGGUGGACAGUACUUUUCACACAGUAGUGGAGGAAGAUACAUCAGCAACCAAAUUCCUGUUGGUAAUGAUGGAGACAUGAACAGAGCUCGUCUUCGACGGUUACGGCUGUUAAGACUCCGUCGCCUGCGGCAACAGAGGCUGCUGGCCGCCAAAAAAACUCCACCUACCACGACCACAACCAGCAUGACUACAGUUCUGCCCACUACAGAGAGUACCACACCCUGGUAUGACUCUUGGCACCUUGAAACCCUCGAAGAGCACACAACCCCAACAGAAGAGAUUGAGUUGACAGACUACAACUACAACUACAAAAUAGAUGAUUAUUAAAACCAAAUUACAGAUAAAAGUUUCAGUCCAAACAUUGAUUGUUUUGGACUAUUAUAGGCCAAACAUUGCCAUGUUUUCACCCUUUGGUUUGAUUGGUUUCAGUGACUCACUUUUUGUUCUUAAUUUCCUAGAAUAUUUGGAUGUGAAUUAAUGUAGUAAUUAAAUAUUUUGAUGCCAUCAACAACAAAGCCGGAUCCAUUUUGGCAUUAUGAGCAAGUCCAAGGCUGUAAACAGCUCAGGGUAGAAUCUCCAAGUUGUCAUCUCGUAAUUACAGUAAUUCUGACACAACGUGAGCACAGAAUUAGAUAUGCUUUGUACAUAACUUCCAUUGCUUGGGUAGGCAUUUUAAGUAAUUACACAUUUCAUUUCAGAGCAUUAAAGCCAGUCUGGAUUCUCAUUAGCUCUCAAUAUUCUGAUUGUAAAGACUGUAAAGGUUGCAGCUUUCAAAAGCUUGAAAAGCCUCAAGGAAGUAAGAAUCACUCUGUUGUUUUCUCAUGAUAGACAUCUGUACUAUAUUACCAAAAAGUAACAUGAGGACUUCUCAUAUGAUGUACACCUCUCACCCACAUCAAACCAGAAGAAGGGAAUCAAGAGAAUGUUAAUUACAAAAGAGAGACUUAAAUAAUAUUUGUUUCUCACACACAAACAGCCAGUGUUUGUUAAAGUCAAUUGCACACGGGAGAUUUUCCCUAAAAGCUCUACUGGGUACAAUGGCCUGAGGUAAAGGACAUUUUCUUUUCAAAUAAUAAAGUGUUGUUUACAUAUC